CAACAUUGAACUGGGAGUGAUUCAGUGUUCAGGAAAUUCAGCGUGGUUGGAGACUGUUAAUCUUCAACAUGGCAAAUACAUUGCACCUAUAAGUUGGUCUACUAUCUUUGUCAGUGCCAUUGGUUGAAUCUAAAUCUUUGCAGGUUAAGAAACUAGCCCAAUGGAUUCCAAGUAUACAAGAAGAACUAGCACGGGGGAUUACAGUAAUGGAGAUGUCUGCAUGCAGGGUUUCUUCAUCAAAUCCCCACCUCUCCAUCUUUUCAGCAAUCAGACUUCCUGGAAAAGGAGACAUUUUGUCCUUUCCAAGUCUAGCAAAGAUGGUUAUCUACUAAAGUAUCAUAAAGGCCAGCACAAAAAGGGUAGCAUCGAAAUCAGUGAGAGUUCAGAGAUAGAAAUAGGUAUAGGGGACAGUGAGAAAAUGGCAGCUGUGAAAAGGAUGUUUAAAUGCCAGCCCACAGAAGUUAUGACCAUCAAAACAGAGGAGAGGACUUACUAUCUUAUUGGAACAGAUAGCAAGGAAAUCGAGAAAUGGGCUAACUUCCUAUUUGCAGCCUGCAAGGAAAAAGAAACAAACACAUGGCAAACUCCGAACCAGAUAGCCACCCAGCAGGUAUCUAGACACCGUUCACAAUCUUCACCAGCUUAUUUCAAUAAAGACACAUCUGCAAUCGACACAGACAAUCUACAUAAGGGCAAUGAAAAUGAAGAAAUUCUUGUAGACAAAAAACGACCGAAUUCAGAUCCUAGUCCUCAAGAACCCACUGAAAAAAACCCUAUUUAUGAGAUUCCAAGAAAAAUUGGACCACGUCAGAGAUACCUACUAAGUAAUCAUUGUGUAUAUGAAGAACAGACAAAAGGAAAGUCUGAAAAGGAAGAGGAAGAAGAGAGUGAGAAUCCAUAUUAUGCUUCUCCAAGAAGCAUUCAGGCUGAGCUGGAUCAUACUAUUGCUGAACAGAACAACCCAGUAAAGAAUCUUAGUUCAAAUGACUCAGAUGGUGCCAAAAGUGGAGCUUACAUGUCCAUGAAGAAACUGGUGAUUAAAGAGAAAAUCCAGUCUACGUGUACAAGUGAUGAACUCGUGACAAUUCCAAGAAAGCAGGAAAACAGCAAGGAUCUAAUUAGAGCUACAAGCACCCAACAACUCACAGAAAGCAACACUAGAGCCAAGGAAUUUCUACCAGAAAAUAAAACAAAACAGUUAACGGUGGUUCAGUUGUCCAUACUUCUCAAUAAAAUCACAGAUGAUAGCCAACUGGAAGAGGUGGAUAUUUUCCUUCCCCCGAAUGAUGCCAUCAGUUGCCUGACACUUACAGAAGCCAUUGGACGUAUAUGUGUCUCCCAAUGGAAAUCUCCACAUCACUUAAACUGUAUAUUUCAUCAUGGGGAUCAUAUAACAGCUGUGAAUGAUCUACAUGUGACAAGCAUAGAAGAGGUUUAUUUGUUCAUAAAAAGAUCCACAAGAAAAGAGGUUAAACUGACUGUACGUCGGCUCCCAGAUUCAGAAACUUUCCACGUUAAAGGAUAUAUAUGUAGAGAAAAGGAACAAGGCAAGAAUUCCUCUUGAGCAAGACCCUAGACAAAUACAAAGAAGGAGAUAAGUUUUUCAACAGUGGCACAAAUGACAAAAUGGAUGAUACAAUGCAAGGAUCUGACAACAUUUGUAACAUGCCAUCUCAAACCUAUGUGAUUUCACUAGUCUUCCUUUGCUUAUCAGUGACAAAGGCAUCCAUUUUUGCAAGACCUCUCUUCCUUUGUUAUGGCAAUCUUCUGCUGUAGCUCUAAUGAGGCUGGUGCUUUUCUGGACUGAAACACAACUGUAUUCUCUUGUCAAGUUCCAAAGGCAACGGCAUGCAGGACAGCCUUCUGCCACUCUCCAGAUGUGCAUUUCAGAGAUGUACUGGAACUAUUCAAAUUACUCAUAAUGUGUUUGCUGUAUCUCCAUAUCUUGCACUGCUCCAGGAAUAGGGGCUUGCUACCCAUCACCUCACUGAGAUAUCAUAAUAUCCAUAUUACCAAAAUUAACAAAGGAAGUUUGAGACCAUCUUGCCUGUUUUUUUUUUCUUGGAGCUAGUGGAUCACCUUACCUUUCUGCAAGUAUUUAUGAAAGAAAUAUAGUAGUUUCUAACUCAUUUAAGGAGCAAACUGUUAUAUUCAGUAAUCAACUGCUGCUGUUUGGAAAAUCUAGCAGGAGGGAGUCCAUGCUUGCACCUCAUCUUCAUAUUUUUCCACUUCACAGAGUUUUAUGCCAAGAUCAUCAAUAUUGUAUUAGCUAUUCAAUUAAAUUAACUUUUCUAAAUGAACACUAGAGGCUUAGAGACUGCUGUCUGGACAUCUGAAAAAUAUUCUAAAUAUUAUAUUGUAGGAGAGUUGUUUUGUGCCACCGUAUUUCUAUGUAAAGCCCUUAGAACAAAUCACUCGAAGUCUGGGUGUUGGUUGUCAUUAAUAUGCUGAAUACCCAGCUCUAUAUAUCUAAAUUUCAUGGUGGUGCAGCAGAGGUCCUGAAUAGACAUGGGCACAAACGGAACCCCCCCCCCCCCGAACAAGCUGUUCGUUGUUCGUUGCCAUCCACGAACAACGAACAACUAA